UCCUUCUUUACAUGUGUGACUCAGAGUGACAGUGUAGCUCGGUCUCCCGCGGGCCAAACCAGUCAAACGGAUCCCGGAUCGCCUCAGACGCCCCCCCUGCCUCCCCCAGCUCUGCUGCCCGGCUCUCCCUACCCCACAGCCUGUGUGUGGGCUGCCUCACCCGUGUGUUUCCUCCAUCGGCUUUCUGCUGUGGACCAUGUGUGAGUGUCUGCGUGGAAUAUUCAGAGUCACCUGGACGCCUUCCUCUAACUCAGACUCUGACAGAGACCUAGAGGACAGCCAUGUUUGCAGCCAAACCAGAGAUCCAGCCGUAAGAGACAAGAGGCGGUCGCCCCCCUCUAACAGAUCCCCCUCCACCCAACAACGCAACCCUCACCACAGCAGCUCCACAGAGGAACAGGAGAGCCCCGAGAGAGUGGUGCAGAAGGAGAAGCUACAUGCAGAGCUGAAGCAGGUGUUGAGUCAAAAGAGAAGUCACCUGAGAGAGUCCACCUGCCAACUGGCCCAACCAGAGAUGGACUCAGAGCCCACAGACCAACAGACAUGUGGGGAAGAAGCCGCUCCGUCCAUGGAAAUUGUAGUGGAGACGGAGGCGGAGGCUGGAGCCAGCGGCUACAGUGUGACUGGUGGAGGACAGCGAGGGAUCUUUGUGAAAGAUGUCCUCAGAGACUCACCAGCCGCUAAACAUCUCAGUCUACAGGAAGGUGACCAGCUGCUGAGUGCUAAGGUCUACUUUGACAACGUGAAGUAUGAAGACGCUCUGAAGAUCCUACAGUGCGCCGAGCCAUAUAAGGUCAGCUUCCAGCUGAAGAGGACCAUCCCUGGAGUAGAGACCUGCGUACGGCCUUGUGUUCCCAGUUUGGAGCUCAAAGGUCCCAAAGCCAAGCUGACCAAAAUGAGUGUGAAGGGCAGCAAGCAGUUCAAGGCCAAGAAGAAGAGGGGUGGACGUUUUGGUUUAAAGAGGCUGAAGGAAAAGCGCAGAGAGGAGCUGGUGAUCGAGGGACAGCCUACCAAGCUGGAGAUGAGUGACGUAGACGUGGAGUUUUCUCUCCCCAAGUUCAAACAGAGGAGGAGCGCUACGCCUGAAGCAGAAGGAGCUGAGGGAACAGCAGCUGUGGGGAAGGCAAAGAGGAGGAUCAGGUUUCCCCACAUGAAAAGAAAGGGUCUCACUGGGGACGUCACAGGAGGUAAAAUAGAAACAGAACAGCUUGAGGGAGAGGUGAACAUCUCCCAAUCUGAGAUACCUGGAGCUAAAGUGAAAACCAAAGUAAAAGGACACAAGUUUGGACUCAACUUCCCUAAGAGCAAACACACAAAGUCAGGUUCAGCAUUGGAGACUGGAUCUGUGGAGCUGAAGCCCCCUGGGGUGAACAUCCAGCCACUAUCAGUGGAGUUUAGUUUGUCUGGAGAUAAAAACAUAGACCUUGAGAAGGGAGGAGUAAAGCUUAAUGCGCCUGAUGCAGAGUUUGCACUCCCUUCCGGAAAAGCUGAGGCGUCUUUGCCCACUGUGAAGGCAGAAAUCAAAGCUCCUAAUAUCAACAUCAAAGGAGGCUGUGAUGCAGAGGCUACAAGUGGAAAAAUGAAUGUAGACUCAGGCAAAGGAGAUGCAAAGCUUAGAAUGCCAAAGUUGAAACUGCCAAAAGUUAGACUCUCUCGUCUUUCGGAUGAGAUAGAUGGUGAGAUUAAGGUGAAAGCCAAAGGUAUGAACAUACCUCAAACUGACAUUACACCACCAAAAGUAGAAAUUAAAGGAGGUGGUAAGAUCAAUCUCCCUAAGGGAAAUAUUUCUAAAUCAAAGAUGGAAAUUGAUCUCUCAGGAAACAUUGCAUCUGUUGAAAUGCCUUCUCUUGAUAUUUCUUUACCAAACAUGAAGGGAAAACCUGACAUGGAUAUUUCGCUCCCAAAGUACGAAGGAGCUGGGAAGACAGCAAUCCAAAUGCCUGCAAUGGACAUCUCUGUGCCUGAUGUACAUUUGGAAUUAGACACCAGGUGCAGAAUUCCUGAUGAGGUAGAGGGUGCUUUCACAGGGCCCAAAAUCUCCAUGCCAAAGGUUGACAUCUCAUUACCUAAGAUGGGUCCAUCCAAUGUUAAGAUUGAAAGUCCAGAAGGUGGUGGGAAAUUCAGUCUACCUCCUGUUGACAUCGCUCUCCCAAAGGUGAAAGCAGAGGGGGAAGAUGUGGAUAUGCAAUACUUUGUUGGUGGAGAUGGGAAGUUCAAAAUGCCCGAGUUUGACCUAUGUCUUCCAAAAAUUAAAUCACCAGAAGGAGAAGUAAAUGUAAAAGGAGAAGGCUUUAAGUUACCCAAGGUAGACCUGAUACUUCCUGAAGGCAAAGCUGGAACAACUGAUGUUGGAGGAGUAGGAACAUUUCAGCUACCAACGUUUGACAUCUCCAUCCCUAAUACGAAGACAGGUGAGGUGGACAUCGAAUGUCCUGAAAUAAAACGUGGGAAGAUCAAUAUGCCCACUGUUGAUAUCUCUGUUCCCAAGGGAAAUGUAGAGGGGGAUUUGAACAUUAGGAGAUGCGAAUUCAAAGGAGGUGAAUUCAAAAUGCCCUCUGUAGACAUUUCUCUCCCUAAAGCGGAGGUACCUGAAGGAGACUUGAACUUAGGAUGCCCCAAACUACCAAAUGUUGACUAUUCCUUCCCCACGGCAAACUUGGGUGGCGACAUGGAGUUAGAGAGCAAGCUUGGUAGUGGAGCCAAGUUCAAGAUGCCAACUUUUGACAUAGCACUCCCAAAGAUGAGAACCAAGGAGGAAGAGCUUAAUAUUCAAGGACCUGAUAUUAGAGGAGAAGCAAAGUUCAACACGCCUUCUUUAGAUGUGUCACUACCGAAGAUGAAGAUGACUGAGGGAAAUGUUGGCUUUGAGGGAGACUCUGUUGAUAUCUCUUUUCCAAAGGGGAAAGUUGAUGUUUCUCUCCCUACAAUUAAAUCAAAGAAAGGUGACAUAAAAAUCAAGGGAUCAGACAUCAAAGCUGGGGAAAUUAAGAUGCCAACUAUUGAGAUUUCAACCCCACCAGGAACAAUAAAAAACAAAUUCACUGCAGAGGGUGAAGGAAGAGGUGCUGAAUUCAGACUGCCAUCUGCAGACUUCGCUCUCCCUACAGUAAAAAUCCCUAAAGGAGAUGUGAAUUUACAAGGGCCAAAAGUCAAGGGUAGUAAAUUUCAAAUGCCAAAAAUCGACUUCUCGUUUCCUAAAGGAAAAGCAAAGGGAAGUAUUGAUCUUGAAAUUCACUCUGGAAAAGAUGGGAAUUUUGAAAUACCAUCCUCAGAUAUUAGACAUUCUAAAGGAAAAGUCAAAGGGCCUAAGCUUAAGGGAGGAAAAGUCAACAUGCCAGACAUUGACUUGUCCAUCCCGAAAGGAAAGGCUGACCUCAGUAUUAAGGGUCCUGAGGUAAAAGGAGGAAAACUCAAAACUCCUACAUUUGAUGUUUCACUUCCGAAGAUGAAGCUGCCUGAAGCCAAUGUGGAAUUUCCUACUGUUGAUAUUUUACAUCCAAAGGGGAAAAUUGUGGGGGAUUUAGAUUUGCAAGGAUCUGAAAUCAAAGGAGAUAUUUCGUUCCCUAAAAUCAAGUCUCCAGCGGUAGAUGGCAGUCUUGAAGGUCCUGAUGUUAAAGGAGGAAAUGUUAACUUGCCAACUGUUGACAUUUCACUCCCAAAAGGAAACCUUGAGGGUGACUUUAAAGUUGAGGGUCCUGAGGUAAAAGGGGGUAGAUUUAAAAUGCCAACAUUUGAUAUGUCUUUCCCAAAAAUGAAUUUCCCAGAGGGUGAUGUUAAACUUAAAGGCCCAGAUAUCAAAGGAGAGAAGAUUGAGAUGCCGGACAUUGAUAUUUCACUGCCCAAAGCAAAAGCAGGAGGAGAAAUUGAAGGACACGCUGGAAAGGGAGGCAAGUUCCAUAUGCCCUCUUUUGAUAUCUCUCUUCCCAAAAUGAAAGCCAAGGGGCCAGAGGUCGACAUAGAAGGUCCUGAACUUAAAGGAAGAAAGAUCGACAUGCCAGACAUCGACCUGUCACUCCCAAAAGGCAAGGCUGACGUUGACCUCAAUUUUGAGGGUCCUGAGGGAAAAGGAGGAAAAUUCAAAAUGCCCAAAUUUGACGUCUCACUUCCAAAGAUGAACCUGCCAGAGGGCAGUCUGGAAAUGCCAAAGGUUGAUUUCUCACUCCCAAAAGGAAAGGUACAGGGAGAUGUUGACAUAGAGGGACAUGGUGGUAAAGGAGGCAAGUUCCAUAUGCCCUCGUUUGACAUGUCUCUGCCUAAAAUGAAAGCAAAGGGAGUUGAUGUUGAUAUUGAAGGACCUGAAUUUAAAGCUGAUGUUUCACUCCCCAAAGGAAGAGUUGAGGGGAACAUCGAUAUCAAGGGUCCUGAGGUGAAGGGUGGUACAUUUAAAAUGCCAACAUUUGAUGUGUCAUUGCCAACACUUAGUCUCCCAAAGGGCGAUGUCAAGCUUAAAGGCCCAGACAUGAAGGGAGGGAAGAUCGAGAUGCCAGACAUUGAUAUUUCACUGCCUAAAGGAGAGGCAGGACGACACAUUGAAAUCGAAGGAGAUGGUGGUAAAGAAGGCAGAUUCCGUAUGCCCUCUUUUGAUAUCUCUCUUCCCAAAAUGAAAACCAAGGGGCCAAAGGUCAACAUAGAAGGUCCUGAACUUGAAGGAGGAAAGAUUGAAAUGCCAGACAUCAACCUGUCACUCCCAAAAGGCAAGGCUGACGUCGACCUCAAUAUUGAGGGUCCUGAGGGAAAAGGAGGAAAAUUCAAAAUGCCCAAAUUUGACGUCUCACUUCCAAAGAUGAACCUGCCAGAGGGCAGUCUGGAAAUGCCAAAGGUUGAUUUCUCACUCCCAAAAGGAAAGGUACAGGGAGAUGUUGACAUAGAGGGACAUGGUGGUAAAGGAGGCAAGUUCCAUAUGCCCUCGUUUGACAUGUCUCUGCCUAAAAUGAAAGCAAAGGGAGUUGAUGUUGAUAUUGAAGGACCUGAAGUUAAAGUUGGACAGUUAAACAUGCCUUCACUUGAUGUUUCUUUACCCAAAAUAACAUCUCCCAAUGUAGAUAUCAGCCUUGAGGGUCCUGAUGUUAAAGGAGGCAAAGUCAACAUCCCAACUGUAGACAUUUCAUCUCCCAGAGGAAAGGUUGAGGGGGAGAUAAAUGUUGAAGGCCCUGAGUUGAAAGGAGGGAAAUUCAAAAUGCCAACAUUUGAUGUUUCUCUUCCAAAUGUGAGUCUCCCAAAGGUUGAUGCCAAUGUGGAAGGAACCGAUUUGAAAGGAAAAACUGAGAUGCCAAAAGUGGACUUUUUAUGUCCAAAAGGAAAAGUAGAUGUGGAUAUUGACAUUGAUGGGCAUGGUGGUAAAGGAGGCAAGUUUCACAUGCCCUCACUCGAUAUCUCGCUUCCUAAAAUCAGAGCAAAGGGACUUGAUCUUAAUAUCCAAGGACCUGAAAUCAAAGGUGACAUGUCCCUCCCUAAAAUCAAGUCUCCAGAGGUAGAUAUCAGUCUUGAAGGUCCUGAUGUUAAAGGAGGAAAUGUUAACUUGCCAACUGUUGACAUUUCACUCCCAAAAGGAAACCUUGAGGGUGACCUUAACGUGCAGGGUCCUGCGGUAAAAGGGGGUAGAUUUAAAAUGCCAACAAUUGAUAUGUCUUUCCCAAAAAUGAAUUUCCCAGAGGGUGACGUUAAACUUAAAGGCCCAGAUAUCAAAGGAGAGAAGAUUGAGAUGCCGGACAUUGACAUUUCACUGCCCAAAGCAAAAGCAGGAGGAGAAAUUGAAGGACACGGUGGAAAGGGAGGCAAGUUCCAUAUGCCCUCUUUUGAUAUCUCUCUUCCCAAAAUGAAAGCCAAGGGGCCAAAGGUCAACAUAGAAGGUCCUGAACUUAAAGGAGGCAAGAUCGACAUGCCAGACAUCGACCUGUCACUCCCAAAAGGCAAGGCUGACGUUGACAUCAAUAUUGAGGGUCCUGAGGGAAAAGGAGGAAAAUUCAAAAUGCCCAAAUUUGACGUCUCACUUCCAAAGAUGAACCUGCCAGAGGGCAGUCUGGAAAUGCCAAAGGUUGAUUUCUCACUCCCAAAAGGAAAGGUACAGGGAGAUGUUGACAUAGAGGGACAUGGUGGUAAAGGAGGCAAGUUCCAUAUGCCCUCGUUUGACAUGUCUCUGCCUAAAAUGAAAGCAAAGGGAGUUGAUGUUGAUAUUGAAGGACCUGAAUUUGAAGCUGAUGUUUCACUCCCCAAAGGAAGAGUUGAGGGGAACAUCGAUAUUGAGGGUCCUGAGGUGAAGGGUGGUACAUUUAAAAUGCCAACAUUUGAUGUGUCAUUGCCAACACUUAGUCUCCCAAAGGGCGAUGUCAAGCUUAAAGGCCCAGACAUGAAGGGAGGGAAGAUCGAGAUGCCAGACAUUGAUAUUUCACUGCCUAAAGGAGAGGCAGGACGACACAUUGAAAUCGAAGGACAUGGUGGAAAAGGAGGCCGAUUCCAUAUGCCCUCUUUUGAUAUCUCUCUUCCCAAAAUGAAAGCCAAGGGGCCAGGGGUCAACAUAGAAGGUCCUGAAGUUAAAGGAGGCAAGAUCGACAUGCCAGACAUCGACCUGUCACUCCCAAAAGGCAAGGCUGACGUUGACCUCAAUAUUGAGGGUCCUGAGGGAAAAGGAGGAAAAUUCAAAAUGCCCAAAUUUGACGUCUCACUUCCAAAGAUGAACCUGCCAGAGGGCAGUCUGGAAAUGCCAAAGGUUGAUUUCUCACUCCCAAAAGGAAAGGUACAGGGAGAUGUUGACAUAGAGGGACAUGGUGGUAAAGGAGGCAAGUUCCAUAUGCCCUCACUCGAUAUCUCGCUUCCUAAAAUCAGAGCAAAGGGACUUGAUCUUAACAUCCAAGGACCUGAAAUCAAAGGUGACAUGUCCCUCCCUAAAAUCAAGUCUCCAGAGGUAGAUAUCAGUCUUGAAGGUCCUGAUGUUAAAGGAGGAAAUGUUAACUUGCCAACUGUUGACAUUUCACUCCCAAAAGGAAACCUUGAGGGUGACCUUAACGUGCAGGGUCCUGCUGUAAAAGGGGGUAGAUUUAAAAUGCCAACAUUUGAUAUGUCUUUCCCAAAAAUGAAUUUCCCAGAGGGUGAUGUUAAACUUAAAGGCCCAGAUAUCAAAGGAGAGAAGAUUGAGAUGCCGGACAUUGACAUUUCACUGCCCAAAGCAAAAGCAGGAGGAGAAAUUGAAGGACAUGGUGGAAAGGGAGGCAAGUUCCAUAUGCCCUCUUUUGAUAUCUCUCUUCCCAAAAUGAAAGCCAAGGGGCCAAAGGUCAACAUAGAAGGUCCUGAACUUAAAGGAGGCAAAAUCGACAUGCCAGACAUCGACCUGUCACUCCCAAAAGGCAAGGCUGACGUUGACAUCAAUAUUGAGGGUCCUGAGGGAAAAGGAGGAAAAUUCAAAAUGCCCAAAUUUGACAUCUCACUUCCAAAGAUGAACCUGCCAGAGGGCAGUCUGGAAAUGCCAAAUGUUGAUUUCUCACUCCCAAAAGGAAAGGUACAGGGAGAUGUUGACAUAGAGGGACAUGGUGGUAAAGGAGGCAAGUUCCAUAUGCCCUCGUUUGACAUGUCUCUGCCUAAAAUGACAGCAAAGGGAGUUGAUGUUGAUAUUGAAGGACCUGAAUUUGAAGCUGACAUUUCACUCCCCAAAGGAAGAGUUGAGGGGAACAUCGAUAUUGAGGGUCCUGAGGUGAAGGGUGGUACAUUUAAAAUGCCAACAUUUGAUGUGUCAUUGCCAACACUUAGUCUCCCAAAGGGCGAUGUCAAGCUUAAAGGCCCAGACAUGAAGGGAGGGAAGAUCGAGAUGCCAGACAUUGAUAUUUCACUGCCUAAAGGAGAGGCAGGACGACACAUUGAAAUCGAAGGACAUGGUGGAAAAGGAGGCAGAUUCCAUAUGCCCUCUUUUGAUAUCUCUCUUCCCAAAAUGAAAGCCAAGGGUCCAGAGGUCAACAUAGAAGGUCCUGAACUUAAAGGAGGCAAGAUCGACAUGCCAGACAUCGACCUGUCACUCCCAAAAGGCAAGGCUGACGUCGACCUCAAUAUUGAGGGUCCUGAGGGAAAAGGAGGAAAAUUCAAAAUGCCCAAAUUUGACGUCUCACUUCCAAAGAUGAACCUGCCAGAGGGCAGUCUGGAAAUGCCAAAGGUUGAUUUCUCACUCCCAAAAGGAAAGGUACAGGGAGAUGUUGACAUAGAGGGACAUGGUGGUAAAGGAGGCAAGUUUCACAUGCCCUCACUCGAUAUCUCGCUUCCUAAAAUCAGAGCAAAGGGACUUGAUCUUAAUAUCCAAGGACCUGAAAUCAAAGGUGACAUGUCUCUCCCUAAAAUCAAGUCUCCAGAGGUAGAUAUCAGUCUUGAAGGUCCUGAUGUUAAAGGAGGAAAUGUUAACUUGCCAACUGUUGACAUUUCACUCCCAAAAGGAAACCUUGAGGGUGACCUUAACGUGCAGGGUCCUGAGGUAAAAGGGGGUAGAUUUAAAAUGCCAACAUUUGAUAUGUCUUUCCCAAAGAUGAAUUUCUCAGAGGGUGAUGUUAAACUUAAAGGCCCAGAUAUCAAAGGAGAGAAGAUUGAGAUGCCGGACAUUGACAUUUCACUGCCCAAAGCAAAAGCAGGAGGAGAAAUUGAAGGACACGCUGGAAAGGGAGGCAAGUUCCAUAUGCCCUCUUUUGAUAUCUCUCUUCCCAAAAUGAAAGCCAAGGGGCCAAAGGUCAACAUAGAAGGUCCUGAACUUGAAGGAGGAAAGAUCGACAUGCCAGACAUCGACCUGUCACUCCCAAAAGGCAAGGCUGACGUUGACCUCAAUAUUGAGGGUCCUGAGGGAAAAGGAGGAAAAUUCAAAAUGCCCAAAUUUGACGUCUCACUUCCAAAGAUGAACCUGCCAGAGGGCAGUCUGGAAAUGCCAAAUGUUGAUUUCUCACUCCCAAAAGGAAAGGUACAGGGAGAUGUUGACAUAGAGGGACAUGGUGGUAAAGGAGGCAAGUUCCAUAUGCCCUCGUUUGACAUGUCUCUGCCUAAAAUGAAAGCAAAGGGAGUUGAUGUUGAUAUUGAAGGACCUGAAUUUGAAGCUGAUGUUUCACUCCCCAAAGGAAGAGUUGAGGGGAACAUCGAUAUUGAGGGUCCUGAGGUGAAGGGUGGUAAAUUUAAAAUGCCAACAUUUGAUGUGUCAUUGCCAACACUUAGUCUCCCAAAGGGCGAUGUCAAGCUUAAAGGCCCAGACAUGAAGGGAGGGAAGAUCGAGAUGCCAGACAUUGACAUUUCACUGCCUAAAGGAGAGGCAGGACGACACAUUGAAAUCGGACAUGGUGGUAAAGAAGGCAGAUUCCAUAUGCCCUCUUUUGAUAUCUCUCUUCCCAAAAUGAAAAUCAAGGGGCCAAAGGUCAACAUAGAAGGUCCUGAACUUAAAGGAGGCAAGAUUGAAAUGCCAGACAUCGACCUGUCACUCCCAAAAGGCAAGGCUGAUGUUGACCUCAAUAUUGAGGGUCCUGAGGGAAAAGGAGGAAAAUUCAAAAUGCCCAAAUUUGACGUCUCACUUCCAAAGAUGAACCUGCCAGAGGGCAGUCUGGAAAUGCCAAAGGUUGAUUUCUCACUCCCAAAAGGAAAGGUACAGGGAGAUGUUGACAUAGAGGGACAUGGUGGUAAAGGAGGCAAGUUCCAUAUACCCUCGUUUGACAUGUCUCUGCCUAAAAUGAAAGCAAAGGGACCAGAGAUAAAUAUUGAAGGCCAUGAACUUAAGGGGGGAAAUAUUAGCAUGCCAGACAUCGACCUGUCAGUCCCCAAAGGAAAGACUGGCAUCAGUAUUGAGGGUCCUGAGGUAAAAGGACGAAAAUUCAAAGCGCCUAAAUUUGACAUGUCACUUCCCAAGAUGAACCUGCCAGAGGGCAAUGUCAAACUUGAAGGACCAAAGAUAAAGGGAGGAGAGAUCUCAAUGCCAGAUGUUGAUAUUUCAGUUCCUGUGGGAGAAUUGGAGGGAGAUAUAAACUUUGAAGGACCGUCUGGAAAGGGAAAGUAUGAAUUGCCAAAGGUGGACUUAUCUGGUAAAAAGGGUAGUGGGCUCCAUAUGCCAACUCUUGACAUAAAGCUCCCCAAAUUUGAUCUUGACCUUAGCCUUCCAUCUGGUCAUAAAGACAAAAGCCUCAAAGUGAAUGCCUCUGUGCCUGAAGCAUCAGGAGAUUUUAAGAUGUCUGGUCUCAAAGGAGAAAUGAAUCCAGCCAAGGUGAAAAUAAAGUGUGCAGAAAUUGUGACAGGUGGUGUAGAAGCUCCAGGUGCAUCCCUCAAACCUCAUACUGUCAAACUACCAACAGUUGACAUUUCAGCUCCAAAAGUGGAUCUAGACUUUGGCCUCAACAAACCUAAGGGUGAAGAUAUGGAGGUUGAGCUCCUUAAAGCCGAGGGAGGCAGGCCUUCUUCAGGAGGCAGCUUUGAUCUACCUGAUGUCUCCCUCAAAUUCCCAAGUUUCUCUCUUCCAAGGUUUGGUGGAAAGACUAAGAGUGGUGAUUUUGCAAUGUCUGUCCCCAAAGGGGACGUUUCCCUUUCCUCACCGCAAGUGGAAGGAGAGAUAAGGGCACCAUCCGUAGAGUUUGAUGGGGACGGAAAAGUAAAGGUGAAAAAAACUAAAAUUAAAAUGCCUUCAUUUGGUGUAUCCAAAAAGCAUGCAGAUGUAUCUGUGUCUUGUCCUGAUGUGGAUGUUAAAGUAAAAAAGGGGAGAUUCCCCAAGUUUAAAAUACCACCAAAAAGUCAACUCCCAGAGGGAGGGGUUCAUGCUGAGCUUGAGGCAGAUGCUGAAGGAAAAGGUGGCUUCCAUGCCCCCAACGUCACUCUCAAACUACCAAAGUUCUCCAUGCCAGGAUUUGGAAAGCCAAGUGGUAACUUUGAGUCUAAAGCCAAGGUUAAAAUGCCCUCUGUUGAGUUAUCGCUACCUGCAGCUCAUACACCAGACACUGAGGUUCUGUUACCUAAAGCAGAGGUGGAUGUCUCAGAGGCUGAUAUCAGCAGUUAUGAGGGAAGCCUCAAAAUUCCAAAAAUGCCCACAAUUGACAUUUCAAUCCCUAAAGUAGACCUGGAUGUGUCCCUGCCUAGAAUCGAGCAUGAUGCAAAGACUGGUGGAAAAGGAGGCAGAUUCAAGUUGGCUGGAAUCAAGAUGCCUGACAUUGAUCUAUCCCUUCCUAGAGGAAAAGCUGGUGACAUAAAAAUACCAGAUGUCGACAUCUCUCUGCCUAAAGGAAAGAUUGAAGGACCAAAUGUUGAAAUGGAAGAAGGUACAGGAGGAAAAUUCAAAAUGCCUCAGAUAAAAAUGCCCAACAUUGACAUCUCUCUGCCCAAAGGAAAGAUCGAAGGUCCAGACAUUGAAAUGGAGGGAGGUACCAGUGGAAAAUUCAAAAUGCCUCAGAUGAAAAUGCCCAACAUUGACAUUUCUCUGCCUAAAGGAAGGAUUGAGGGUCCAGAGAUGGAAAUUGAAGGCGAAGAUGGAAAGUUUAAGAUGCCACAUCUCAACAUGCCUUCAGUUGACAUUUCACUACCCAAAGGAAAUAUAGAAGGUCCAGGUGUUAAAAUGGGCGGUGGUAAAGGAGGAAAGUUCAAAAUGCCUCACAUGAAAAUGCCAGAUGUUGACAUCUCUCUGCCCAAGGGAAGGAUUGAAAGCCCAGAUGUUGAAAUGGAAGGAGGUACAGGUGGAAAAUUCAAAAUGCCUCAGAUGAAAAUGCCAGAUGUUGACAUCUCUCUGCCCAAGGGAAGGGUUGAGGGUCCAGAGAUGGCUAUAAAGGGAAAAGGUGGUAAAUUCAAGAUGCCACAUCUCAGCAUGCCCUCUGUUGAUGUUACACUUCCUAAAGGAAAGAUUGAAGGUCCAGAUGUAGAAAUGGAAGGAGGUACAGGAGGAAAGUUCAAAAUGCCUCACAUGAAAAUGCCCGGCAUUGACAUCUCUCUGCCCAAAGGAAAGAUUGAAGGUCCAGAUGUUGAAAUGGAAGGAGGUACUGGGGGAAAAUUCAAAAUGCCUCACAUGAAAAUGCCCGGCAUUGACAUCUCUCUGCCCAAAGGAAAGAUUGAAGGACCAGAUGUAGAAAUAGAAGGAGGUACAGGAGGAAAGUUCAAAAUGCCUCACAUGAAAAUGCCCGGCAUUGACAUCUCUCUGCCCAAAGGGAAGAUCGAAGGUCCAGGCAUUGAAAUGGAGGGAGGUGCAGGGGGAAAGUUCAAACUGCCUCAGAUGAAAAUGCCAGAUGUUGACAUCUCUCUGCCCAAAGGAAAGAUCGAGGGUCCAGAUGUUGAAAUUGAAGGAAGUACAGGGGGAAAGUUCAAAAUGCCCCAUAUGAAAAUGCCAGAUAUUGAUAUCUCUCUGCCUAAAGGAAAGAUCGAGAGUCCAGAUGUUGAAAUGGAAGGAGGUACUCGGGGAAAAUUCAAAAUGCCUCAGAUAAAAAUGCCCAACAUCGACAUCUCUCUGCCUAAAGGAAAGAUCGAGAGUCCAGAUCUAGAAAUGGAGGGAGGUACAGGGGGAAAGUUCAAAAUGCCCCAUAUGAAAAUGCCAGAUGUUGACAUCUCUCUGCCUAAAGGAAAGAUUGAGGGUCCAGAUGUUGAAAUGGAAGGAGGUACUCGGGGAAAAUUCAAAAUGCCUCAGAUAAAAAUGCCCAACAUCGACAUCUCUCUGCCUAAAGGAAAGAUCGAGAGUCCAGAUCUAGAAAUGGAGGGAGGUACAGGGGGAAAGUUCAAAAUUCCUCAGAUGAAAAUGCCAGAUGUUGACAUCUCUCUGCCCAAGGGAAGGGUUGAGGAUCCAGAGAUGGCUAUCAAGGGAGAAGGUGGUAAAUUCAAGAUGCCACAUCUCAGCAUGCCCUCUGUUGAUGUCUCACUUCCUAAAGGAAAGAUUGAAGGACUAGAUAUUGAAAAAGAAGGAGGUACUGGAGGCAAAUUUAACAUGCCUCACAUGAAAAUGCCUAACAUCGAUAUCUCUCUGCCCAAAGGAAAGAUUGAGGGUCCAGAGAUGGUAAUUAAAGGUGAAGGUGGAACGUUUAAGAUGCCUGAUUUCAGUAUGCCUUCAGUUGAUAUUUCACUUCCCAAAGGAAGAAUAGGAGGUCCCGGCAUUGAAAUGGAGGGAGGUAACGGUGGAAAAGUGAAAAUGCCUCAUACAAAAAUGCCCAACAUGGAUAUUUCUCUGCCCAAAGGAAGGCUUGAGGGUAGAGAGAUGGAAAUUGAAGGUGAAGGUGGAAAGUUUAAGAUGCAACAUAUAAUCAUGCCUUCAGUUGAUAUUUCACUUCCUAAAGGAACGAUCCAAGGCCCAGAUGUUGAAAUGGAGGGUAGUAAAGGAGGACAGUUCAAAAUGCCUCAUAUGAAAAUGCCAAAUGUUGACAUCUCUCUGCCCAAAGGAAAGAUUGAUGCAUCUGGGAUGGAGAUCAAACAUGAUGGUGGAAAAUACAAGAUGCCACAUUUCACCAUGCCCUCUAUUGGUAUUUCACAUCCCAAAGGAAAGAUUGAAAGUUCAGAUGUUGAACUAAAGGGAAGUGCAGAGGGAAAGAUCAAAAUGCCUAACUGGAAAAUGCCAGAUUUUGACAUCUCUCCGCCAAAAAGAAAAAUUGAAGGCCCUCAGGUCGAAAUAGAGGGAGGUGCAGGUGAAAAUGUUAAGAUGCCUAAUGUUGACAUAUCUAUACCUCAAGGAAAAGCUGAUAUUGUACUUCACAAUAGUAAAAGUAACGAUAUUGAAACAUUGAAUGCAUCCGGUGAAGGGGAGCACAAAGGCCUGAAACUUAAGAUACCUACAAUAGAUAUAAAAUGUCCAAAAGGUGAACUGGAGCUGGAUAUAGGACUUCAUAGAGGAGACGGCAAGAAAGACAGGAAAAAAGUUGAACUACCUGAUUUAGAUCUCAGCACAGCAGGAACCAGCAGUAAAGUAAAGGGCCCUAAAGUCAAAGGAACAAAAUUCCACAUUGGGAUGCCCAAAAAGAAAACUGGUCGAGAUGUAACAGCAGAAGCAAAAAUAUGCAAAAACUGUGGUGAUGAGGAUUUGGGUGGUCAUGUCAAACACAAAUGCAAGAGUAAAGAAAAGUUGAAGUACGAAGUUGAAAUUGAAACACAUAAUGGACAUAAAAAGAACAAAGAUCGUGUUAACAUCCCAGUUCCAGAGGUUAUGUUACCAAGUUUUAGUCUGACAAACAAACAAGGCUCGGCUGUAACAGGGGGAGAGGGUGGCUUCUCGUCAUCCAGAGCAGAAAUGAGAGUGCCCAGGAUUCCAGAUCUAGAUUUUGACAUUGGUACAACACAGGAUGAAGAUGAGGAGAGAACAAAAAAAGACAAAAAAGUCAAAAUCCCUAAGUUUGGGGUCCCAUUACCCUCCAACUCCUCUCCUGAGGGAAGAAUGAAUGUCAUUGGGCCAGAAAUUCAGUAUGAGGGUCCUAAAAUGCCCAAAGUAAAGAAAGCUGUAUUUGUCUUGGUAAAUCCAUCUCAAACAGGUGAGCCCACUGCAGGUGAGACAACAGCUCGGGCUGAAACAGAGGGCAUCAAAGUGAAGUUGCCCAAAAUCAUAAUGAAGCCAAACUUUGGGAAGUCCAAAGAAAAAUCAGCUGCUGUGUCCUUUUCUCCAGGCGAAUCAGGGUCCUUUGAUGUCAAUCGUCAGGGCGAAGGUUCAAGAUCCAAUUUCAAUGGUGAAAAAGAUCCUCACAAAGCCUCUAAGGACGAUAAAGGGACAUUCAGCGGCAAAAUCAAUCUUCCAAAGGUAAAGUUAACAUCUCCAUAUGACAAGAUGGCUGCAGAGGGGGACGACUCUGGUAUGAGUAUGAAACUGGCAAAGGAUUUACCAACAGUACACAUGGAGGAAUACACUAAAGAGCUUCAAGUAAAAUCAGGCAAGAUGGCCUUCUCUGGUUUCAGUGACGAGCUCCCAAAGGAUGUGGUGUCAUCUCAUGCCAGGACAGAAAUGCUGGACAGGGACAGCUCAGAGUCCCCUGCUAGUUUCUCCAUGGAGUUGAGCUCUGCAAAAGUCCAGGCAUGGAGCGAGGUCGAACCUGAAGAAAGAGAGUCUUCCACCUGGUUCAAGGUCCCUAAGUUCACCCUGAAGCCACACUCCACAGGCUUCCUCGAAAUAACCCCAGAGGAUUCUCCUCAGGCCCAGCGGAAGGGGGAGAUGGCAGGCGAGGCUGAUGUCUCAGGUUCUUUCUGCCUUCACACCUCUGGGCUUGACUAUAGCACGCAGGAAAUGUCAGAGGAGCACCAAGUCUCCUCCGCCGAGGAGGGAACUGUCACCAUGGUGACAAAGACCACCAGAGUCACCCGUCAGGUGGUCUCGUCUGAGACACGAACAAGUGAAUCUUCAGCCACCAGUACGACAACUCACAAGGUGUCGGACUUUAAAUACUGAGGGUGCUGUAUUAAUAUCUCAAAUGUAUUUUAAUCAUGUUUUUUGUUUUUGGUGAGGUUGCAGUGUUCUUGUAGCCUAGGCUAAGCCUGCGAUGUGGCAAACCUCGAUUAGGUAAAAGUCUUUAUUUUAUAUUUUAAUUGGUGAGAUAUGAAUGUGAUGAAGAAACAGUUGCAUUUCAUCAAUCGGCAUCAUUGUCGUUAUAAAAGCAACAGAGUAAUAUAUGCUUCCUUUUUCUCAUUUUAAAUGUGACUAUUUUUUGUUACUGUUGUUCGAGUUUUGUUAGUUUAGUUCGUAUUAUUUAUCAGAUUGUGUGUGGUUUGCAAGUUUUCACUCUGAAUGUAAACAUGUCACAUUGCUUGAUUAUUUAUUGUUGUUUGUGUUUUCACAAUGCCCUGGAAUGAGUCAUUUUACUCACAUCAGUAUCAUGGAUUUGACAAUGAUUUGAACCGCAACAGUACAGGCCAGAGUUAUAUUCAUGUAAAUACAAACAUAUCAUUGCUUUAUUGAAGCAGUAUUCCUUCGAUUAAAAUGUAAUUAUUCUCAUAUUCACCAGUCAGGAGUAGAAAUGAUAUAGUUUGACCUAAUAAUAUAACCUGUAUUUUGUCUUGAAGGAAAAGUGUGAGCUUUUUGAGAUUAUAGGUUAUUCUCAUUUGCUGCCAUAGUUUUAUAUUUUAUGCAUUUAGCUGAUGCUGUUACCCAGAGAUAGUCAAGGUGCGUGAGCAGGACACUCUGGACUCUUUUUUUGCUGUGGGGAUCAGACCUGUGACUUCUGGUUGAAGGUUCAAACAUUUACUGUAGGCCACCCUGCUGCUAAUUUAUUUUAUAUUCAUGUUUUUACUGUAGACUGCCAAAAAAAUUACACUGCUGUAUAUUUUGUGUGUUGAGUCUUGGCUUCAAGAUACACAUCCUGACUGGUGCUGAUUUUUUGCAUCUCAUCUGUGAACUAUGUUGAGUUUCAGAACAUCAGUAUCAGGUUUAGAGGAAAUUUGGGGAGCUGUUGGGUGCUUUAACAAAAUCACUGAGACAAGGUCUAAAUGUAAAACUGUCACACAAAAAAGGCCUCCAAUAAUGAUGCUAUUUUCAGGCUGCUACAAUUACAUUUGAAUUAUUGUUCAAAAAGAGUGGAGGUUAAAUUAGAAUUUUGUUGUCUAAACAUUUAGACAUCUAAGUUUCAUUCCCAAAUACAAUAUAGUACCUACCCUUUGAGGGAAAACAGCUUCUGUAAUGAUACUGGCAUAAAAUUAAAAGUUUUGAAAGCUAUCAAUUGUAUCCACAUCUAAUAACCAUUUUCAGUUUCACAGGGUACAAAUACAGAACAACUUUCAAGUUGGAUGAACGCUUUUAGAAAUGGACACUCUUACAUUAACAUAUUUUAUGGAUGUGCCUGUUUUUUUCGAGUGGGAAAGAGAAAAUAGUUUUUUUUAAAGAACGUACAUAAAUAGCGACAAGGUCAAGCUAGCACACACUUAGUAAUUUCUAUUUGUAUUAAGAGUUUUACCUUUCUGAUUUAAUCAAGCCUUGUCAUUUAUUUUGGAUUAUAAAGGGUCACAGUGCCAAGUGUUUUUGUCAAAGCUGCAUUGGAGAGAAUGUUUAAGAUGUCAAUAAAUAAUAAUCAAUAAAAGGAUAUCAUUUUAAA